GCUCUUACCCGCGGAGGCCGGAGGAGAAGCCGGGACUCCAGGUGCCGGGACCCGUCUGCGGAGCGUGGCCGUCCUGCGUCUCUCCGCGGCGGAGAAUGCGGGAGCGCAUCUGGGCGCCGCUGCCGCUGCCGCUGCCGCUGCUGCUGCUGGUGGUGUUGCAGCUACCGCCGCCACUGUGGGGCGGCCCCCUGGAGAGCCAGCGCCCGGAGCUGGAGUCGCAGCCGGGGCCUCUGCAGCCCUUUGACCAGCUCUACGCCAGCGGCGUGACCGCCUACUAUAGCGGGGACUACGAGGUUGCGGUGCGGGACUUGGAAGCAGCGCUGCGCAGCCACCAGCGCCUGCGGGAGAUCCGCGCGCGUUGCGCCCGCCACUGCGCCGCCCGCAGCCCGCUCGCGCCCCCCGGCGCUGGGCCCGGGGCCGAGCUGCCCUUCUUCCGCGCCUUGCUGGAGCGGGCGCGCUGCUACCGCAGCUGCCAGACCCAGCGCCUCGGGGGCCCCGCAUCCCGCCACCGCGUCAGCGAGGAUGUGCGCAGCGACUUCCAGCGACGAGUGCCCUACAACUACCUGCAACGAGCCUACAUCAAGCUUAACCAGCUGGAAAAGGCAGUGGAAGCAGCCCACACAUUUUUCAUGGCCAACCCUGAACACAUGGAAAUGCAGCAGAACAUUGAGAAUUACAGAACGAUGGCUGGUGUUGAAACAUUCCAACUGAUAGAUAGAGAAGCCAAACCACACCUGGAGAGUUACAGUGCAGGAGUCAAGCAUUACGAAGCCGAUGACUUUGAGCUAGCUAUCAAGUACUUUGAAAAAGCUUUGAGGGAAUAUUACAGUGAAGACGCGGAGUGCCGAGCUCUGUGUGAGGGGCCUCAGAGAUUUGAAGAGUAUGAGUACUUAGGGUAUAAAGCUGGUCUCUAUGAAGCCAUUGCAGAUCACUACAUGCAGGUGCUGUUUUGUCAGCAUGAAUGCGUGAGGGAACUUGCCACCCGCCCUGGCCGCCUCUCUCCAAUUGAGAACUUUCUCCCCCUGCAUUAUGACUACCUACAGUUUGCCUACUAUCGAGUUGGUGAAAAUGUGAAAGCCCUGGAGUGUGCCAAGGCCUAUCUUCUCCUCCAUCCAGAUGAUGAGGAUGUCCUGGACAAUGUGGAUUACUAUGAGAGCCUGCUGGAUGACAGCGUGGACCCGGCAUCCAUUGAGGCCAGAGAGGAUUUGGCAAUGUUUGUGAAACGUCAUAAACUGGAAUCAGAACUAAUACAAUCAGCUGCAGAGGCCCUGGGAUUUUCAUACACUGAGCCGAAUUAUUGGAUUCGAUAUGGAGGAAGACAGGAUGAGAAUAAGGUCCCUUCAGGGGUAAAUGCGGAUGGGGCAGAAGUUCAUGGAUUGUCAACGGGGAAAAAAUCAUCACACAAGAUAGACCGAGUCCUAAGAGAGGGUGGUCCUCUGCUCUACGAGAACAUCACGUUCGUGUAUAAUUCGGAGCAGCUGAAUGGGACUCAGCGGGUCCUCCUGGAUAACGUCCUAUCAGAAGAACAAUGCCGGGAGCUGCACAGUGUGGCCAGUGGAAUCAUGCUUGUUGGUGAUGGAUACAGAGGAAAAACUUCACCCCACACACCCAAUGAGAAGUUUGAAGGCGCAACUGUCCUGAAAGCACUCAAAUUUGGUUACGAAGGCCGAGUCCCAUUGAAGAGUGCCCGUCUGUUUUAUGACAUCAGCGAGAAGGCUCGAAAGAUUGUAGAAUCCUAUUUUAUGCUGAACUCAACCCUGUAUUUUUCCUAUACACACAUGGUCUGCCGAACAGCCCUGUCUGGUCAACAGGAUAGAAGAAAUGACCUCAGUCAUCCCAUCCAUGCUGACAACUGCCUGUUAGAUCCAGAGGCCAACGAAUGCUGGAAGGAGCCUCCUGCUUACACGUUCCGGGACUAUAGUGCUCUCCUAUACAUGAAUGACGACUUUGAAGGAGGGGAAUUCAUAUUCACGGAAAUGGAUGCCAAGACUGUGACUGCCUCCAUCAAACCAAAGUGUGGACGUAUGAUCAGCUUCUCAUCUGGAGGUGAGAACCCACACGGGGUGAAGGCGGUCACCAAAGGCCAGAGAUGUGCUGUGGCUCUGUGGUUUACCUUGGACCCACUUUAUAGAGAGUUGGAACGAAUACAGGCUGAUGAAGUGAUAGCAAUCCUGGAUCAAGAAGAACAAGGGAAGCAGGAACUGCAUAUUAACCCGAAAGAUGAGCUAUAAAAAUGAGAAAGUGUUCUAUCAGAUAUUUAUUUAAGUUGUUAAUCUUAUGAGAACCUUUUUAUUUUUGUACAGAGCCAUGGUAUAAAUUAACAGGUUGAUAUGAGUCACCAUCUCUCCCUUUGGUUCCUAAGGAUGCUUGCUUUGCCUCACUUUGUCUGUUUGUCUUGAUUUUUUGUCAGUUCAUUCAUGUCUCAAAGCUCAGUCACCCCUUCCACAACACACACACACACACACACACACACACACACACACUCUCUCUCUCUCUCUCUCUCUCUCUCUCACUCGCUCGCGCGUGUGUUCUCUCUCUCUCUGCUUUGGCUGCAGAUCCAAGAGCUCAAGCAGAAGGAGUAAGUCCAUUUUUUGGCAUAACUACACCCUUGUGUGUGCUGUUAUUCUAAAGUUAGUGCAUGAUUGGGUCUCCCAAGACCUUUCUGGCUCUGAGCUUUUCUGCCACCUCCUCUCGCGGUGCUGAUGGCUGAGAGUUUGAGUCUGGGAUGCCCUGGUGUGGGGGGGCCUGGGCUGCCUCGGAUGUCACUGAGCGGAAGGUCCCCAGGCUCUGAGGAGGAACCACUCUGAUGAAUAAGUACUGCAUGAGAUGGAGCAGCCCGGCCUUUUCAGGGCCUUGGUAGCGUUUUUGGUUCUAGUAUUUUCACCAGGGAACACACUUACACUGGAAGCUUCGAUUCCUCCUCCACAGCGCUACAGAGAGGAUGCCCUGCGAGUUGUGACUUUGAAAAGGUUGCUUAGGGGUUUCAAUGGCUCUUCACUGCCGAGACUUUGGAAGAAAAAUCCUGAGUCCUCUGAAUCUGGGCCCAUCACCUGAGAGUGGAGGCCACCAGUGAGAAGAGACAUUUUGUUCUUAAGAAAAAUGGAUUCUUGCUGGAUUCCAGUCUUCACCUGCAUACAGUUUUGUGGCCCCUCCUCUUUGCUACUGUGCUGCAUGCAGACUUGUUCUUGUGUCUGAUUUGUUUAAUAAA